AUGCGCCUGGAUCUUAUACUUCGUUCUACUUACACGGCCGGUAUGGACAGAGUCCCAAAGUUCUUCGGCCUUGGUGCUGUUGGGCCCUUACAACCCAAAUCGAGCAAGGUGACGAUCGUCAUGCUUGUCAUCGCAUGCUGCGUGUUCGCUACGACUAUUGGGAACGGCAUCAAUAUCAUGCCACAGUACACCGACUGGUUUAAAUUGACGACAGAAACGAAAUCUUUGAACACGUGCGCUAGCUACAUAGGCUGGUUCAUUGCCGCUUUUCUCAUGGGACCUGUUGUCGAUGGCACAGGACGCAAGGGUGGCAUUUUGAUCUCCGUCCUGCUCAAAUUUGUUGGUAUUGCUCUCAUGACUGCGGCCCAAAGCGUUCCAAUGUUCGUCGUUGGUCGCAUCAUCCUGGGCUGGGCAAAAGGUACCGCGGCAAUUGCGGGCUCAACGUCUCAUCCAAUCGUCUCACAGCAACACCAUGAUAUAAUUGCCGGCAUCCGACUGGAGCGUGAAACCCAUUCCCUGUCAUAUGCCGAGAUGGUCCGUACGCCCAACUCUCGCAAGCGUCUUAUGCUUGCUUUGAGCGUGGCUGUCAUUGCAAUGUUGUCCGGCAACAACAUUGUGUCAUAUUACCUCGGUGAUAUGUUGACGGAAGCAGGUAUUUAUAACACCAAAGUGAAGCUUCAGAUUAGUAUCGUUUUGAACGCUUGGUGCCUUGUUUGCGCAAUGACAGGAACAUACUUCAUGGAUAAGGCCGGCCGCAAGUUCUUAGCAUUGCUCGCUUGUGUCUUGAUGACUAUUACGCUGUUCUUGGUGGGAGUAUUGACCAAAUUUUACGGCAACGGCGGAGAACUCUCAGGCGUGUAUGCGACGGUUGCCAUGAUCUUCCUAUUUCAGGGAUCAUACAGUGUUGGUAUUACACCUAUCACACAACUGUACCCUCCUGAGGUUCUGAAUUAUUCCAUUCGAGCCAACGGUAUGGCCGCUUGGUCACUGGUCGUCAACCUCUGCGGACUCUUUUCGACCUUUGCCAUGCCGAUUGCCCUCAGCGCUAUUGGUUGGAAGUUGUACAUGAUCAACGGAGCUUGGGACGCACUCCAAGCUGUAUAUGUGGCAUUUUGUUGGAUCGAAACCAAGGGCCUCACUCUUGAAGACAUUGAUCGUCUCAUGGACGGGAAGAAGCUGCUCGGAGGGCGCGGCUCUGAGGAAGGGACUGAUGUCAUAGAAGGCUAUGACAUUAAAGAGACUGCGUCUGAAACCAUAACCAAGGUUAAAGAGGACGAGUAG